UAUAUAUAUAUAUAUAUAUAUAUAUAUAUCAUGGCAGUUCACUCGUCAUAGGAGUCAUCUAAAUCAACUGUAAGUUAUCAUUUAGUUGCACUUGCUUUCCAUUCGUAGACGUGUUUCAGAAUGGCUCAGAUGGCCAUGAUCUCAGCGCAAGUAGAGAUCAAGUCCCCUGCAGAUGCAUUUUACGGGUUCUUCAAGGAGAAGUUACCUCAGCUGCCACUGCUCUUCCCACAGCUGGUCAAAAGCUUCAAGUUCGUAGAGGGAACUGAGGUCCGGGAUGGGGCCGUGAUCUGUUGCGAGUACUUCAUCGGGAGUCCAAUGACGGCAAAGAUGAAGCUUGAAGUGGAUGAGUUGAGCAAGUCGAUUAAGUUCAUCCCGAUGGAGGGGGAUCUCCUGAAGCAGUACAAGAGUAUCCACUUUAAACUUGAAUUCCAAUUCGGGUCCAUUAAGAUCAUUAUUGAGUUUGAGAAGGCAGGGGAGGCUUCUCCAAAUCCGGAUAGCUACAUCGAAGCGUGUUCGAUGGUACUCAAGCAACUCGAUGCCAGCAUCAGCCUGGCUUGAAAUAAUAUGAUGCAUGUAAAAUCGUGCAGUAUUAUUAUAAUAAAGAGAAGCCAAAUCACAUGUUUUGCUUCCAUCUAUUCAAACAUAGUCACGUGCAGAGAAAGCUUAACGUGUUGUUGACUAGUUGUGGACUUCAUUUCCGUGCCAUUGAAAUGUUCUUUUUUUUCGAUUAUAAUAGAGGUCUACGAGUUUAAUAUUAAAAAA